GAAAACAGCCUGGCGGCGGGUAGCUUGCGAGGAGGCCCGCUGGUCAAAGGACGACGGGGCGGGGCUCGCAUUUGCAGUCGCCGCCUGGCCCAGAGUGUUGCAGGCGGGUCGGGAUGGGGUUGUGCCUGCCCUGCCUGGGGGGAGCUGCCGACCAAGUGGUGGAGACGCCGGACCCAGAAAUUAGAAGGCAGCAACUUGCAGAAGCAGCAGAAAAAAGACAAAUGGAGGCUGCGUCUCGUGGUAUUAAGAAUCUCUCUUCUGUGGAACAAAAAAAACGAAAACAAGAAGAAAUGGAGAAACGUCUUGAAUCUGGAAGCCACGAACCAGAAAAAGGCAAUCUAAGGUGGCAGGUUGGAUAAAAUACUGAACUGCUUCAGAAUGAAGAAGGGUGAAGCUUUGUCCUGCCAAUAACUUGCCGGUUGCUGCAGAUGAAUUAAACUUGUUAAUUGUUUGACGUUUAAUUGAAGAUGCAGCAGUAUUUUGCCAUUGUAGCAGGGUAGCUGACAUACAUGCACUAAGGAUGAAACAACACUUCACAAUACCCAGCAAAGGUGCCCCAAUCACUUCCUGUUUGUGUUGCCAUAGUGUGUAACGUUGCAUGUCUAAAUGUACUGGAGGGUUGAAUUAUGGGAGUUACUUAUGUAAACAGAUGCCAUUUUUAUUCCUUUGUGAUCAUGGGGAACAAUUCGGUUUUCCAAAGUGCCCUUUGUUAAACUUGUUUCCAUCUCACCCCAUGUUAUACUUGUGUGAUUCAGUUCAAUCCAGUCCACAAUCCUUGAAUCCCUCACAGUGGAUUAAAUGACUGGAACAAACAGGCUUGUUUUAAGAGUAAGAAAUUUAGAAUCAAAGCUUUAGUGCCUUCUGCUGGUUACACAUUUAACUGCUGCAUUGCCAUGAGGUGAAAAAUCCCUAUCCUUGUGUCUUAAGUUUACACGUUAUGCCUAUGUGCAGGAUUUACAAAAAUACAGGCCGAAAUACUGGACUCUAUUUUUUUUAAAUAAACAAGUGAAAGAAUACCUACAGGUGUUCUGCUUUACCACUUGGGUAUGCAGUUUGGAAGAAAAACUCAUGAAAAGACAGCUGUAUGAUCCUACUUUUUUGUGAUGAAAUUUCUUUAUAAAAAUUACUUAAUUCUUAAAAACUGGUUCGAGAACAUUAUUCUGCAGAUACAGGCAGUGUAAAAAUAUAUUUAUAAUGUCAUUCAUAUUAACAAUACUGGAAUAAAUAUAAAUAUAUUAUGUGACCUUUGCAGCUUAUCUGGAAGUGACGUAAAAAGAAACAGUACAUUUGUUGAACUUCUAAACUAAUAUAGGAAAUGUUCAGACAUCUUGAAUUUUAAGCAAGGAGUAGUGUUGACUUUUAUGAGAGAAAUGAAGGUGCAGUUUAUCUUGCUUUGUAUCAGAAAUAAAGAUAAUUGCUUCUUAUUCCCAGUAUUACAAAUAUUGAUUUUUUUGAAAAAAUGCUUUAGAAAUAUAUUUAAAAGUUAUGACAAGUGUUGUAUAUGUAGAGAUAUGUCUGAGAAUAAAAUGUGCAAAU